GGUGGAACACGUGCGAACGCCAUUGCUAACGCGUGGGGGGAGGAGAGAGAACAUCUCGGAGUCCAUAAAAUUGAAUUGAAUCGAAUCUCUCUCUACUCGUCUUGGAAGACGACGCAGCGUGGGCGGGUUGAUUUUGGGGAUAGAAAUCGAGAGAGAAAGAGAGGGGCCAUUACACGAGCCAAACCAAGCCAAGCCAAGCCUCGCCUCGCCUCGCCUCGCCUCCCCCUCAUUUCUCAUCUCCUCUCCCUCUCUCUCUCUCUGCUCUGCUCCGAUCCCAGAUCUUCGAGCUCCUCCCUCCGCGGCGGAGAUUCGAUUCGCACGCCGCCGCCGCCGGCCGCCGCCGCCUCCCACGCGGCUUCCUCCCCGAGGCCAGCUCAGAUUCCCCCCGGAGCCUCCGUCGCGUCCUCCGUCUCCGCCAUUGCUUCGGCCUGUCGUCUCCGGCGCCGAGAUCCGGAGCUGAUCUCCGCUCGCGAUCGGUUUUCGGUUCUUCCGUUGGAGUUCCGCCGCUCGGGGGUUCGUGCUUCUUGGAUAGAUAGAGUCGGAGGAGAUGGAGAGCGAGAAGAAAUCGUCGGCGGUGUCCGAUGUGGGGGCGUGGGCGAUGAACGUGGUCAGCUCCGUCGGCAUUAUCAUGGCCAACAAGCAGCUCAUGUCCUCCAGUGGCUACGGCUUCAGUUUUGCUACGACGUUGACGGGGUUCCACUUUGCCGUGACUGCCUUGGUUGGUCUGGUGUCAAAUGCUGCUGGUUAUUCUGCAUCUAAAUACGUUCCCAUGUGGGAGCUUCUGUGGUUCUCUAUUGUUGCCAAUAUGUCCAUCACGGGGAUGAACUUAAGCUUGAUGCUUAACUCUGUCGGAUUUUACCAAAUUUCGAAACUGAGCAUGAUUCCUGUUGUUUGCGUCAUGGAGUGGAUCCUGCACAGUAAGCAUUACUCAAGGGAAGUGAAAAUGGCUGUUAUGGUUGUGGUAAUAGGAGUUGGUGUUUGCACUGUUACGGAUGUUAAAGUCAAUGCCAAAGGUUUUAUAUGUGCUUGUGUGGCUGUCCUCUCCACAUCGUUGCAGCAAAUUUCAAUAGGCUCCUUGCAAAAGAAGUAUUCGAUUGGAUCUUUUGAAUUGCUGAGCAAGACAGCUCCAAUUCAAGCCGUCUCUCUCCUUGUUUUUGGUCCAUUUGUUGAUUACUUCCUCAAUGGCAAUGCGAUAACAGACUAUAAGAUGUCUUAUGGUGCCCUGUUCUUUAUACUUCUCUCUUGCUCGCUAGCGGUAUUCUGCAACAUGAGUCAGUACCUCUGCAUAGGACGAUUCUCGGCCACCUCCUUCCAGGUUCUGGGCCACAUGAAGACAGUGUGCGUCCUCAUACUCGGGUGGGUGCUCUUCGAUUCUGCGCUGACUCUGAAGAACAUAAUGGGGAUGAUCAUCGCCGUUCUUGGCAUGGUAGUGUACAGUUGGGCCGUGGAACUAGAGAAGCAGUCAAAUGCAAAGGCCGCGCUGAAUGUGAAAAACAGUCUCACGGAAGAGGAAAUUAGACUUUUGAAGGAAGGUGUUGAGAACCCUCCCGCGAAAGACGUCGAACUUGGUGAAUCCAAGUCGAGGAGCCAUUUCUUCAGGCCUCGUUUGCCUUAUUGCGGAGUCAAAGACCUCGAGGAGUGAAAUUCCAAUUCUUAUUUCCUAAUCCUUUUAUGUCUGGAAAGAAAUGAAUAUUUUGACUAGGACAUCUCGUGGUAUCUAAUUCCUUAAAUAACGUGGAAUUGACCCAUUCAACAAAUCAA